AGAGACCAGCGGGCGGAUGUCAGGGACAUAUGAUUACUUCUGGGAUGCCGAAUUAAGUAGCAAGAGUAGGAGUGGGAUGGUGAAUUAAAAUGUCAGAAUGGGGGUGGGAAGGGGAAUUAAGGUGCAGUGUGGGAGUAGAGUGAGAAAUUGAGGCAUCAGAGUGGGAGUUGGGAUAGAGUAGAAUGUUGUUGACAGCUCUCUGUUUAAUCCACCUGCCCUAUUCUCAUAACCCCGCUAAUUUCUCUUUCUUGAAUACAUAUCUAAUUUCCUUUUGCAACUUACAAUUGAAUCUGCUUUCAGUUAUCUCAGGCCAAGCUCAAUUUAUCAUCUCAGGCCUCUGGGACAAUGGACAAUCCACACAUGGAGCAGUCAACACGUUUUAUUUAGCAGUUACAUUUAGUUCAGUUAGAUUUCAGUUGGUGGUUUGGUGCUGAGUCAUUCUGGUGUUUGAAGUUUUCCACAUGCUGAAACCCCAGGCAUAAUUCUGAAAUCAGGGGGAUUCAAAGUUUGAUCAUACAAGGAAGAGAGAGGGAGAUAAUUACCCUAUCAUCCUGCACAAAUCUCAAAAACAUUAGAAUUGAACAAAUUAUCGAUGGAUGUCACACAAAGAUUACAUUUUCUAUCAAUGGCAAGAAUAAUUCAUAAAUAAUACUUUAAACCUAUUAGUUGAUAAGCCAGAAAUAAGUCAUUGAGAGCUAUACAUUUUCAUAGAACAUAGAACAGUACAGUACAGGAACAUGCCCUUCGUCCAACAAUGUCUGUGUCAAACACAAUGCCAAGUUAAACUAAUCUCCUCAACCUGCAGGUGAUCCAUAUCCCUCAAUUCCCUGCAUAUCCAUGAGCCUAUUUCAAAGCAUCUCAAAUGCCACUAAUGUAUCUGCCUCCACCACAUGGCAAUGCACUCCAGCACCCACCGCUCCCUGUGUAAAAAAACAUGGCCCGCACAUUUUCUUUUCACUAUGCUCCUGUCACCUUAAAGCUAUACACUUGAGACUAUGACUUUUCUAUUCUAGGAAAAAGGCUCUGUGGCGCCAGCAUUAGGCUCCUAGUCACCUCAGAAACCACAGAACUAGAGUGGAUGAAAGCCAUCCUUAAUCCCGAAGGAUUGCCUACAAGGAAGAAUGUUGACUGUUUUCAUGACCUUUUCAGGAAGUGUAAAUUUGAUGCAUUAAAGUACCAGCACUAUAAAAAAAACGUGAUUUACAGUGUAUUCAUUUUGUUCAUUAACUUUAUCAGAGAUAGUAAUUGUUGGGUACAACAACAAUGUGGACGCUUGUAAGUCACUCAUGGAAUGCUGAGAUGGGAACUGUAGGUUGCUUCUCCUGGGCCAAUGAGCUAACAUAACAUAGAUUAGGCGUUAGGUCCCUUCAGUAUGUUUAUCUACUGACGUGAAUCUAAAGAACAUCAGGAGGGAGUGCCUUCAACAUUAGGACAGCUAACUGAAAAUUGGAAUGAACAACUCUAGUGCUGCCUCUCGUGAAUGGUGACUGCGGAGAGAUUUGGCUCAGAAUUUCAAAAGUGAUUUGAAGUAAAUGCACUGUGUAACUUGAGCAAUAAAUCAAAGGGUAAAUCGGUCAGGUGAAAAAUCUGUAAGCUUCAAACAAGUUUACUUAAUGGAAAAGGUUGUAUUUCCUGAGGACAAGGAAUGUGGAAUAGAUUUUAUGAGAGGGAAGUGCACUUGAGCUUGGACAUCAAAUGAAAGUGGAACUAUAUUUUUGCUGGGAAAUAAGGUUGAGCAUUGUAGAGCCUGAAUUCAAAUCUUUUAGCGUAGGCAUCAUUUGCUCCUCUGCCACGUUGAUCUCUAUUCUACUUGAUAAGACCAAGGACUUAAGUCUUCAAGGCAGUUGAUGUAUGAACUCUAAACAGACAGGCUUGCUAUACUGUGUAGAAAGGAACAGCAGAUACUGGUAUAUACCGAAGUUACUGUUGACACAGAGUGCUGGAGUAUCUCGGAGGGUCAGGCAGCAUCCCUGGAGAAAAAGGAUGGGUGAUGUUUUGUGUUGGGACCUUUCUUCAGAAUGAAGGCUUGGUAUAUUCUCGAACGCCUUACAGUCUAACUGAUACCCACCUAAGCGCAGACACACUAGUGUAGCUGACCUUCCAUCUCUAAACUCAUAGAUGAUUAAAUAAACAUCUGGGUGUGGAACCAAAUCAAGUGUCAUCCAGCUCAUGUGAAUCGGUGAUCGCCGAUCAAAAUUGAAUUGAAUUGAAUCCUUUAUUUGUCAUUCAGACCUUUUGGUCUGAACGAAAUGUUGUUGCUUGCAGCCAUACAUGUAAUAAUAACAACACACAAUAAACACAAAUUAACAUCCACCACAGUGAGUUCACCAAGCACCUCCUCACUGUGAUGGAGGCAAAAGUCUUAGAGUUACUGUCUCUUCCCUCCUCUUCUCCCUCUGCGCUGAGACGAUACCAGAAAGUGAUGAUAACAGAAACAAACAUAGGAUUUAUUGGCUCGUCAUGCAUGUUAUUGGUAAAACCCGCUAAUUACCACUUGAGAGCGGAACCUAGAGUUUCACUUGGUCAUUGCAGCCAAAGUUCAUAUUCAUAAUGUCCUAUGUUGAGUAUAUCUGCACUGUUUCAUUAGGAGAUGCUGCAAGAAAAGAGUGCUGCAGAAAGUGAAGAGAGCUAUCCAGCAGCUCAGGUGGAUGGACACCAGGAACACAGUGUGCAGUCACCAGGGCACGGAGCUCCAGGGGCCAGUAGCAUGUCUCCAGGCAGCCCACAGGGACAGGACCCCGACCAGAGCAUCGAGAACAUCAAGGUUUAUCUGCAUGAAAAAGAGCUUUGGAAGAAAUUUCAUGAAGCUGGAACAGAAAUGAUCAUCACCAAGGCUGGCAGGCGAAUGUUUCCGAGUUACAAGGUGAAGGUUACCGGGAUGAAUCCAAAAACCAAGUACAUUCUGCUGAUUGACAUUGUGCCUGCAGAUGAUCAUCGAUAUAAAUUUUGUGACAACAAGUGGAUGGUGGCUGGAAAGGCAGAGCCGGCCAUGCCCGGGAGGCUGUAUGUGCAUCCGGAUUCACCAGCUACGGGGGCACACUGGAUGCGGCAACUCGUCUCCUUCCAGAAACUGAAACUGACUAACAAUCACCUGGAUCCAUUUGGGCAUAUCAUUUUGAAUUCCAUGCACAAGUACCAACCAAGACUCCACAUUGUGAAAGCAGAUGAAAAUAAUGCCUUUGGUUCAAAAAACACAGCCUUCUCUACUCAUGUAUUUACGGAGACAACAUUCAUUUCAGUCACAUCAUAUCAGAAUCACAAGAUUACCCAGUUGAAGAUUGAAAACAAUCCAUUUGCUAAGGGAUUUAGAGGAGGAGAUGACAGUGACUUGCGCGUAUCUCGUUUGCAGAGGUACGUUAUGCAACAAACAUGCAGAGAAUAUCCAGUUAUUUCAAAAAGCAUUGUAAGACAAAGACUUAUUUCAAACCACGGUCAAUUGACACCGAAGAUGGAAGGCAGUGGGCCUCAUGGAACACAGGGUCAUCAGCACUAUGCUUACGACAACAAUGGACCAAUACAAAUAACGGCAGCAGGCGCCCAAGAUCUGGCAAUCAGUCCAUUUGCACCUCAAAGAGAUUCAGGACUAAUCUAUCACUGUUUUAAACCACGAGAAGCCCAUGGCCAUCCAGAAUUGCCCUGCAAGCGGCCUUUUCUCGAAGCUCCCGCCUCCAUUGCGGAUGACCAUUAUUUCCGUCCACCACCUUACGACCAGCAGGUGAUGAAUCCGUCGUAUCGGAACGAGCAAGAUUUAAGGGAUGCCUGUAUGUUUUCCGCCCCUGGAAGUGAUGUGCCUGCGGGAGCCACGGUCGAAGAGCAUCCUUCUCAAACGCUAAACUGCAACAUGUGGGCUUCGGUUCCACCGUACGGUAACUGCAGCGUUCAGACCAUGGAGACCGUUCCUUACCAGCAUUUCUCGGCCCACUUUACCACCACGGCGAUGAUGCCACAUCUCUCCAGUCUUCCUGGACAGAGCUCACAGCCCCCGUGCGAGUCACAGUUCAGUGGCUAUCACUCGCCACCGCAGCAGCAGGUCCGACAGAGAGUCCCCAUCUCCUCUUGCUCACCCCGAGACAGAGUGCCCCUCUCCCCCCACGACAGAGUCCCACCUCCUCCUCAUGCCCAGAACCCUCGCGAGUUCCUUUUCUCACAAAGCCUCUCCCUACCGAGGGAUCUACCUAGCCAGUACCAUUCUGGUUUGGGGCCCGUGACAAACUGGACUGACAGCUGACUCAGAAUGAUAUGAAGAAGCAGUAUUAUUACCAAGGAUGUAGGAAAGGCCUGGGUGUCUACUGUCCAGCGGUUGUCCCACUUCAGAUGCUUACAAUAGCCCUCAAAAGGUCAAUAUCAAGACUCCACCUCACACCAAAGAAACCACCCAGAAUACUUCUCCAACGAUACUGCUUUUCUCACCAUUUACUUGAGAUUAUAAGUUCCUUGGCCUAUGGUGAAUUCCCAAAAUCAAUGGCAAAGAUGAGUUCUGCAAAUAAGCAUAAAACCAAGAAAAACAUAAGGGGGCAAUCCUGCAGUAAUCUCCUAUUACUAGACUUGGGAAUCUAAGGGUUCUACAAAUUAUUGUAUGUAUUAUGGACAGCACUAAAAGACAAGUAUUAUGUGCUUAUAUCCAAUAAUGGAAUAUAUAAAUAACAGUAUAAUAUUUUUUUAAAUUCAUCUAUCUAUGAAUAAUUUUGGAUGACUGUGAAUUCAGUGGCUGGAGCAGUAAUUAUUUCUGUUUCUCUAACUAAUUUCCAUUCUCUUAGCUUAUACCCUACCCACCAAUUCCUAUUGUGUGCUCACGUGGUAUUUUAUUCUGUUAUGUAGACUGUGGGCAAGAAUUUCAUUGCCAGCUGGCUGCUGUUGCUGUACUGAACUGGCCACAGAAAGAUGCAAAACAUUUGUAUAAAGCAUCAUUCUGCUCUUCCACGGGGAAUGGGAAUAACUGAACCCAGCACCUUCCAAUUGUUGAUCUUUGAGGUCCACCGUCUGCAGGGAGACUAAGGAGAAUGAAUAUCCUCUCAUUCUGUAUUGUCGUGUGCUAGCGAAUGAAUCCACUGCAGAAUCACCAACUUGUAAUUCCUUUUGUAAUUUAAUAUUUGAAUGUGCCCAGUUGCUGAUUAGUGCCAAAUAUAUAUUCAUUUGCUUAAUUAUCCAUGUAAACUAGCCAUUUUCAUGCGCAUAAUUAUACAAUCUUUUACAUGCAGUUUCUGAUAAGUAAAGCGAAAUAUUUGCAAACUUUGGUAAUCAAUUGUUUGCAGUGUAAAACCUGUGUAAAUCAUGAUGUUCAAUUAUUGAUGCAGAGAAAAUUUGAAAAAAAAUGUAAGUAUUUUAUGCAAAUGUUCAGUUUGAUAUAUAAUUAUGGCUUAAAAAUAUUAAAAGACAUUGAGUAAACUUCUCUGAAAUCCCAUGCUAAAUUCAGCUCUGAAUCUUUAAAGCAUUUCACAUAUCUGUAUCAGUUUUCCAAUCCAUUUAUAUUCUAAUUCUUGAUACAGAGUCAUGCUGCAUAGAAAUUAUGUUUGUCAGCUGUCAAUUAACCUUC